UCACCCCAUUACCGUUACCGUUACCAUUACCAUUGAAUGAAUUAUAACUAUCACACCCAAUCAAUCUUACACAUUCUUAUUCCGGAUACCAACUCUCAUUCAGCCUAAUCAACACACUUCACACUGCCCUACCCUACCCCAUAUAUCCACCCACCCAUCCAUCCAUCCAUCCAUCCAUCCAUCGUUCAUACCAUUCUUCUCUCUCUCGCCAAAAAGCAUCCGUCUCACCAUUUCAUCCAUUCAUUCAUUCACUCACUCACUCACUCACUCACUCUUUACCCCAAAUCCUACUCCGAUCUGGUCGCUUUUCGGUAACCUCCCUGAUAGCCACAUCCACUCAUUAUUGCCCUUUCUAUUCAUUUCUCACAUCCAUCACAUCAUACACUGCCAAUCUGGGAACUUGCAUACCCCGUACACUUACAUACAUACGGUACACAUUGUUCACUCUUACCCCAUCCCUGGUACAUAUACCCAAGGUGCAUACAUACAGAUAUACCUUGUUAAUUAAUCCUUUUUAACCUUUUUUCCUCAAUUUUCGUGCCAUUGCGCGUAUCAUCACACCCAUCGAUCCCCUUUUUCUAAACCACGCACGCAACAACCCUCCACCACACACACCACACACCACACACACACACGCACAUACAUACAUACAUACAUACAUUACCUUCGAUCUUAUUUUACACCACAACCACACUCUUUCAACACUAUCACUCAAUCCUCGUGAUAUUGAUUUUUAUUUUCUAAAAAGAUCAAGGUCGCUGCUACUGCUGGGCUGUGGUUAGCUUUCAAAAUUACGAUACCCCAAAUAACGAGCGUUGCGUUGAAUUGAUUCAUCUGGAUUUUUCCCAUUUGCUUGCUUCAAUCUAUUGAAGUAGAUUCCUUAAUUCAGUCACUGCAGCUGAAACAUCACUUCGACCACCGGCCAACCUAUUCUACGACCCUCUUCAAUAUUUGAUUUACGUAUUUCCUCAAUUUUCUUCAUCCUCGAUUUACAAUUCGUUCGAUUGAAUCGAAUGCUCUUAUUUGCGACGAUAAUCCCCGAGUCGACAACAAUAAUUACUUUCAACCACAACAUCAACAUCCUUUUCACGAUCUUGUAGAUCUUUCUUAUACCCAACAAACCAAUAACCUCACCGUCACUACGCAAAAUGAAUCAAUCAGAUUAUAAAGGUCGGAGGACCGCUGGAAUGCGUGGAAUGAGUAUGGAUAAUAUUCUAGGUGAUCCAUUCGCGCUGGCGACCAUCUCGAUUGCUAUGCUUGCAUGGUUUAUUGCUUUCAUUGGAUCGAUAUUAGCGACUGCAUCACACCCAACUAAUGACGGAUUUCCAAAUUAUUCAUGGUUUACGAUUGCAUAUAUGCUGUGUUGCAUUCUAGGUAUAUUUGUUGUGAUAGCAUCGGAUACAACUCAAACCUAUCAUGUUGCUAUCGUUGGCUUCUUGGCUACCGGUCUCGUCUUGACAAGUUCAUCUGUCAAUUCAUUAAUUUAUUCUUCAAAUGGAGCAAAAGAAGCAGCCGCUGCUGGACAUAUCCUUCUCUCGAUGGUUGCGAUUAUUUGGAUGUUCUACUUUGGAUCAACACCUUCAGCGGUACCUCGAGCAUACCUUGACUCGUUUGCACUGCAUAAAGACCACAGAGUGUCGUCAGGAAGAGGAAUGUCGACUGCGUAUGGAAAUGGAUAUGGAAUUGGUCGACCGGAUACUUCAGUCUCUUCAAAUGUUCCCCCACAAAUGUAUACAUCAGCGCAAUUGGGUGGUUUCGAAACAUCUUCACCCGUAGCAGGAUUCCCAGGAGGUGCCGCAGGAGCCGAGCGCAACUCAUCACAACCAAGAUUCGGAGCCAGCAAUCUUGGACCAAAUGGUGGCAUGGGUUCAGAACCUACACCGGGAGAGGUCAUUCAACCUACAGAAUACCCAUAUCGAGCGAAGGCCAUUUACUCUUACGAUGCCAACCCAGAUGAUGCCAACGAGAUUAGUUUCGCCAAACACGAAAUAUUAGAAGUCUCGGACGUAAGCGGAAGAUGGUGGCAAGCCAAGAAAGAGAAUGGAGACACUGGAAUAGCGCCUUCGAAUUACCUGAUUUUAUUAUAAGGAUGAAUAGGGUUCUUGGGGAUGUCAUGGUGAAAAAAACCAAUAAACAACAGCACAUCUUCGUUGAUAGGUUUGGGAAUUGGGAAUAUAUCAAAGGUGCGGAGAUGGGAAUAGUCUUCUCCACAGAUAUAUGGAAUCACCGGAGGGCCAUUAUGGGGUUCACAUGUUUUGGUUUGGAGUUUAUGUAAUAAAGUCAAUGUGUUACGAUUGGGACCUUUUUUCUUUCUUUACUCUUUUUUUUUUUUCUAUCUCAUUUUACUUUUCAUUCUUUUUCUGCCUUUCUUACUUCUAGCUCUUGCUUCUUUUUUUUGUUUCCCUUAUGGGCUUUUGAUUUACGCUGCCUUUUGGUGUUAAUCAAAAAUGCUAGGUCAAUUAUGCAAAUGCGAUGGGCUCCGGAGUUUGGGAAUAAGUACACUACCCGGCUAAUUGGUGAUUACCCACAUAGCUGAGUGAAUCAGAACGUGAGGGAGAGAUGUGCGAGAAUGGAGUUGAUAUUGGGGGUGGAUUUGAUUGGUGGAUGAGUGAUGUUGACUGGGCUACCUGACUGAAUUUGUUCAGACCUGUCUUCUGGUUCCUGGCUACUGGCUCUUGACUCUCAGUGAUAAUUGGGAAUGGAGGAUAUGGAGAGAGAAAUUGUAUGGCGCGUGCAAAUAAUGAUACGGACAUUGAGAUGCUAGGUCAGACUGGACAGGGCUGAGGAUGAGGGGUUGGAUUGGUGAAAUAGUCGGGCGAUAGGAGGGCACAAGUGGAUGAUUUAGGAAGUGUUGGUGAGGACUUGAUUAUAAGAUAAGAUAAAUAAGGUACAAGGUAGAAAUGGAAUACAAAUGGUCAAGAAAUA